CCAGCUGCCUAACGCUGGUCUUCCCUUUCCUCUGCGAAAUGGCGGCGUUCGGACGGCGGUGGUUGCUGUGGCAUGGCCGGUGCUGCUUUUCGCAGGCCGAGUCCGCUGCUCUCCCGCAGCCCCCCGACUCGCUCUACCCGCCCAUAGUGGCCUCCGCCACGUCGAACAGCAAGGCGGCUAAGCGGCGGCGUGUGGAGCACUUCAAGCAACGGGUGCACGCGGCGGCCUCGGUCGAGGAGAAGCUGCGGCUGUACGGGCUGCUGCAGCGGCCCAAGUACAUGGUCUACCCGCAGACCUUCGCCCUCAACGCGGACCGCUGGUACCAGAGCUUCACUAAGACUGUUCUCGUGCCGGGGCUGCCCCCGAGAGCGCCGUCUGCAGCCGUAAAAGCCCCAGGAGCGGUGGCGCCGGAGGCAGCGAAAGCCCCGGAGGUCGCGGCGGGAGCUGCACCCGAGGGCGCCGGAGCCCUGGCGCCGGUAACGGAGGCCCCAGCGGCGGCGAAAACCCCGAAGCCUGCGGCGGGAGCGACGCCGAGCCUGAAUAUUGACGAGCUGCGCUCCCUUGCCUGCGACGCCCUGCUUCAGGAGAGCUUCUACCAAAAUAAGAAGCGGCCGUUCCUGUACCGCGAUCAGGAUCAUACGCCUGGCCCUUUCUUAACGCAGCUCGUGUCCACCCUCGCCGCCUUCCUGUCCUGUCGCAAUCCGCUGCUGGCUGCCUCCUCCCUCGAUUUAAACCCUGAAGUUAACUAUUACUGGCAUCAUGGUGAGGAAGUUGUUGAUCGUGGAUACCGAAAGGGUAGAGUUGAUCCUGUGAGAUUUCAGAUUGACGAUAACCCACAUCUCCAGAUACGUGUACCAAAGCAGCUUCCAGAGGUUGUACCGCUAGAGGCAAAUCUUGGAGAUGUUCCUGUUAUUGAUCACAAACCAUCCAAACUGCCAUUGUUCAAAAGGCAGUAUGAAAACAAGGUGUUCAUAGGAUCAAAGGUAGCAGAUCCAUGCUGUUAUGGACAUACCCAGUUUCAUCUUAUCCCUGAUAAACUAAAGCGGGAGAAGUUUAUAAAAGCACGUCUUGAGGAUCAGAUUGAAGUUGUUUAUCGAGCUAAUGGUAUUGCAAGUCUCUUUGCCUGGACAGCAGCACAGGCAAUGUAUCAAGGAUUCUGGAAUGAAGCAGAUGUGACCCGUCCUUUUGUAUCUCAGGCUGUAGUGACUGAUGGAAAAUAUUUUGCUUUCUUUUGUUACCAGCUAAAUACUUUAGCGCUAACUGUAGAAACUAUUGAAAAUAACCCUCGGAAGAAUAUCUGUUGGGGUACAGACAGUAAGCCAUUGUAUGAUGUUGUGGAAGAUGGGAGUGUGAAAGGCUUUAAUGAUGAAGUUCUGCUUCAUUUGGUCCGUUUUCUGUUGAACAGACCAAAAGAGUUGUAAAUCAUUAAACAGUACGGUAUUCCUGUUUGUGUGCCUGAACGUCAGUGUAACUCCGUGUAUUGGCUAGGAUAUGCUUUAGUUUUAGUUUAAGCAAACGCUGUAUAUUUGAAGUUUAUUUUUAAUGUGUAAUACUGUACACUGAAAAAUAAAUGUGUAGAAUACCUCAA